AUGGAAGGAUCCUAUCCCCUGCACGCACGCAACACUGUCCGCCGCCAUCGCGAGCGGGCCAAGUAUGACUUCGAGACCGUCCACCAAAUUGUGAAUGCCUCACCUAUCCUCCACGUGUCCUUUCUACCAGCCGCUCAGCAGGAUGACAUCUACCCUACCAUCCUGCCCAUGAUUGGAUACAUGGGCUCCUUUGAGGGCCCUUCCGACGGUGCCCUCGACGUAUACCUCCACGGCCACAGUGCCUCGCGGGUCAUGCGCAUUGCUGGCAAUCACGGCCCGGAUGGCAUCCCCGUGUGCAUCGCCGCAACGCUGCUGGACGGAAUCAAGCUGUCGCUGACGCCCUUCAACAACAGCUGCAAUUACCGUAGUGCAGUGCUGCACGGCGAUGCCAGUAUCGUCACGGAUGAAGCCGAAAAGGACUAUGCUCUGCGUCUUAUUACCGAUGGCUUGGUUCCGGGGUGCUGGGACAAUUCCCGCGUUCCUCCCACCCGCGCCGAGAAUCUGAGCACAUCUGUGCUGAAGGUUCACGUCGUCACUGCUAGCGCCAAGAUUAAUGUUGGUGGGCCAUCUGAUGACCGGAAAGACCUUCAGAAUGACGAGGUUACGGCGAAAGUGUGGACAGGAACCCUGCCCGUCUGGAAUGCCGUGGGAGCACCUGUUCCCAGCGCUACCAACAAAGUGGCUCAGGUCCCGGAGUAUGUCGCUCAGUGGCGACAGGAUCAUAAUUCAGAGAACGAGUCUUAUGCUCGGGAUGCCAUUGAUAAGGGUAAAUAG